AACACUCAGUUACCCUUUUGUCUGAAACUGACUCCCAAAGCGGUUGGCUGCGCUUUUCUAUUUCCCGUUUAAGUACGAGAUUUCGAUGAUUCUUUAUGUUGUCAACAAACUGCAGGGCAUAGAAUGAUGCAUAUUUACUUGCAUAAAAAAAUCCGACGAAUUUCGACGCCGACCGCACUGUUUACAGCAAAUUUGCAGGCGAGACGAAGCUAAAGGACAAGCGACAAUAUAUUGAAACUGACGAUACUUUAAUACAAAACGAGGCUCCUUAAGAAAUGACAUGUAAGCGUAUUGGUCUUGGGUUCGUUAUGCUUGAAUAUUCUGUAUUUACUGAGAUCCAAUCGAAACGGUUUGCCAAUGCUGGGGGCAAGCAGAAAAAUCUACCUGUUUCAACAAUAAGGUGGCUGAAGCUUCGCCUAAAAAUUUUUUUAACCCGUAGUACGUUGUUGUUUGUAAUGUAAUUGAUCGUGCACU